AUACUCUAGCACGAAAUAUCAUCAUCUCGGAUGUCAUGAAGCCUUUUCCGCGGCUCAUAUCGCUCCACGUGUCCCGCCAAAUCCCCCAUUUCUCUCUCCUCUCCACAGCUUAGAUAGAGAUUCAGACUCUCCCCCAUUUUCGAACCCACACCACACUACUCACGCCUAGUCAUCAACUACAUCUUAGAGAGAGAGAGAGAGAGAGAGAGGGAGAGAGAGGGAGAGAGAACUAACCGAAUGGGGGUGACGCUAGAUGCUGGUGAAGGCGCCAGGGAGAGGUGUUUUCCGGCGGGGUGGAAUGCGGCGGCGAAGCCGUGCGACUACUGCAAGUCCGCGGCGGCGCUGCUCUUCUGCCGCGCGCACUCCGCUUUCAUGUGCAUGGUGUGCGACGCCAAGCUUCACAAUGCCGGCGGCGGCGCGAGGCACGGGAAGGUGUGGAUAUGCGAGGUCUGUGAGCAGGCACCGGCCGCCGUCACCUGCAAGGCGGACGCCGCCGCGCUCUGCGUCACCUGCGACCGCGACAUCCACUCGGCGAAUCCCCUCGCGCAGCGCCACGACCGCGCCGCGGUGGUUCCGUUCUACGACACGGCGGAAACCGAAGUGAUGAAGUCGACCGCCGCCAUCUUCGACGACGCUCCGGACGCCGAUUCGAUCUGCGAUCGGAAAUUAGGCGACUACGUCGGCGAUUCGUGGAUUUCAACCAAUCCGAUCGUUCCAGCCAAGCUCCCGGCGGCGGCGGCGGAUGCGCCGGAGAUGAAAUCUCUGGAAUUCCUAUUCUCCGAUUCCGAUCAGUUCCUAGAUUUCGACGGUUACCGGAUUUGCUCGCAACCUUACGGCGACGGUCUCGUCCCCGUACAAGCAACCGCCACGCCGCCUCUUUCAGCUCAAUUAACUCACCAACACUCGCCGGACAACCGGUUUGAGAUCGACUUCACGAGAUCAAACAUCACCUCCUACACCAACAGCUACACCGCCGCAUCUCUCAGCCACACCGUUUCGUCAUCUUCAAUGGACGUCGGCGUCGUGCCCGACGGAAACGCCGCCGCGUCGGAAACAUCGUAUCCUUUCACCCUGAGCUCAAUCUCCGAUCCGAUCGCGAACCACGGCGCGCCGGCGGCCGGAUCGGACAGAGAAGCCAGGGUAUUACGGUAUAAGGAGAAGAGGAAGAAUCGGAAAUUCGAGAAGACGAUCCGUUACGCUUCGCGGAAGGCCUACGCCGAAACGCGGCCGAGAGUGAAAGGCAGAUUCGCGAAGAGAACCGAUUCGGAGCUGGAAAUCGACGGAAUCCUCACUUUCGUCGCCGGCAAUCUCAACGCCGGCACGCGUUACGGCGUCGUUCCGUCUCUCUGAGCGAGGAAUCGCCGCGUUUUUAGUGAUAGUGUGAUUUCUGAUUUCACCUUGACUAUAUCUGUCGAAUAAUUAAAAGGCAGAUUUUGUGGGAAAUUAAUUUAAUCGCGUUUUCAAUUUCUGAUAAAAAUGUUUUUAGUGCUGCAGCAAAAAGCCCAGCUACUUUUUGUUAAGGGCUUUUUUUUUUUAAAUAAAGAAGUUUGUUUAGUUAUAGUCGACUUUUGUUUCACUAAUGUAAAUUAGUAGUAUUAAAUAGAUUUGGAUUUUCUAUUUAA